AACUGUCCUUUCUCAGCGCGCCAAAUUUGAAAUCUGCGCAACAUGAGACCUAUUAUUCUCAAUGGCCAUGAGAGACCUAUUACCCGAAUAACAUACAACCGUGAUGGGGAUCUUAUCUUUACUGCUGCUAAAAACCAGAGUGUCUGUGUCUGGUACAGUGUAAACGGAGAAAGAUUAGGAACCUAUGAUCAACAUGAAGGUGCUGUGUGGUGGCUUGAUGUAGACUGGACAACGUCUAUGCUAUUAACUGCCUCCGCUGAUUGGUCUUGUAAGAUAUGGGAUGUUAAAACUGGUCAAUGCUUAAACACAUAUACUACAAAUAACCCUGUUCGAACAUGUGGAAUCUCAUACUGUGGGAAUUUGAUAUUUCUAGCCACUGAUGAUACUGGGAAGAAGGACUGCCACAUAAUCGCCCUCGAUAAACGUGAUCCAACUCAUAUGUCACAGGAAUCCUGCAUAUUUAAGAAGGUAUCUGCAGAUAAAACUAAAAUAACUGGUGCAAUAUGGGGACCAGUCAAUCGAACUAUUAUAUGCGGUCAUGAAUCUGGUGCUUUGACAAUGUUGGAUGUCAGUUCUGGUGACUGUGUAAAACACAUCAAUCCACAUAAAGGACCUGUAACAGAUAUGCAAAUGCAUUUGACACUACCAAUGCUAAUAACAGGAUCUAAAGAUCACAAUGCUAAACUAUUCAGUGCUUAUGACUUGGACUGUAUUCGUACUUACACUACUGAACGUCCGAUCAACUCUGCGGCUAUUUCACCCACUAGAGAUCAUGUUUUACUCGGUGGUGGUCAAGAAGCCCAUGAAGUGACAACUACAGCUGUUGGACAGGGAAAAUUCGAUGUUAGAUUCUACCAUCUCAUUUAUCAAGAAGAGUUUGGACGUGUUAAAGGUCAUUUCGGUCCUGUUAAUAGUGUAGCUUUCUUACCGGAUGGCACUGGAUUUGCAACUGGUGGAGAAGAAGGCUAUGUUCGACUUCAUACAUUUGACAAUGACUAUGCUGAUAUCGACCAACGUCUAUUUUGAAGAAAAAGAAUACUUCUGCUAUGUGGUUUCUUUGUAACUUUUGUCAACAUUUCAUUGAAAUACAAGAUGUUUCAGAAGCCUA